GCGUUCGACUAUUACCUGUUUAUGACGUCGAAUCUUGUUUGAUGCAUUUAUGCACAAUAAAACUGCGUUGUGGACAAUAUUUUGUGCCAGUCGGAGGGACUGGGAAUACGCGCAGUGCGCCGCUCCGAAGCUAGCCGAGCGAGAAUCGAUGCCACACGACGGCCGCGUGCUCAUUGCCGGCUCCCUGCCACAUUAUCUCGCUUUCGCCACGCUGCAACCACACACGACCUCACCUCAACUCGACAGUCAACGUUAUCGUGCCAUCCAGUACGACCAUUCCGCGUCGCACCGUGUAUUCAUAUACACAACUCAUAACCAGCUCCCAGUUUGUUUGUGAUCCCGAUUCCUCAAACAGUGUUUUCGUUCGCAAUUAAAAUGAGAAAAAUAAGAUCCGGUGUGAAGUAAGCUACCGCGCGCCAUAUUAUAUUCCUGUUGGACUUGCUUGUAUACAAACAGUGAAGAGGACUGCUUCAAACUGUAUACCUACUGUGUGAUAUUCCCGACGAGAUGUUGGGGGAAAGUGUUGAUUAACAAAUUGACUUUCUACGUUACUUGGGACUUGUUGCGAAUGUGUAUUGAAACGUUCAUCGCAAUCCACGGGCGCACUGCUAUGCGCCACGAUUUGGUGCAUUUUAUAAGACACACAUCUUCUGAUCACUACUGCGAAGGAAGACUUUAGUUACUUUAAAGGAUCGCAUUUGAUGGCGUUACUCAGCAUCCGAGGCGAUUGGUAUAUUUAUUUAUGGCUUAUUUACUGCAAAGUGUAUUCGGCCAUUAUAUGGGUGUUCGGUAAUCACUGUCGUGGAGCUGAUAAGGCUUGUUCGGUGAUAACUGCUGGAGUAAGCGUACAGUCGCCUGGAGGCCUUCACAGAGUGCGCACGCGUCGCCGCAAGUCGCAGCAGCAGCAUCGCUCUAAGCACAUCGUCGCGUUAGCUAGAAGACCUUCCCUCAGAAGAAUAGUGAUGGCACCGGGAGCUAGCACCGCCCACGCCAUGAUGGAAGACAAGGAGAAAACCCUCCACGCUACCGGUGAGUUGAAACAAAAACAAAGCGAAAAAGUGAUAGUAAUUUUGCAUUGACCUUAAAACUCAUGUGCCAAUGUUUCCAAGUAAAUAUAACUCGACGAAAACUUUCAGUUUUACUUUUCCGGUAAAGCCAGCCGCUUCUUCAUAAUAAUAAUGUGGUCUUUCAGUGAAGUUAUGUAUGUAAUUAGCAACAGGUAUCCUUGAUAUAGUUUGUGAUUGUUUCCUAUACAUAAUUUCUCGCUUAUGUUGUGUCAAAAGUGCGGGUCAAACAGUAACAAAAAUAAAAAAGAAAAUGUAUUCAUAUAAAAAGAACACGAUGAAACUGUUUAACAACAAAGGAGCCGGUGGAGGAGGCUUACAAUUGGCCAUGCAUACUCGACGUAUCAGUCACUUUGCACCCUUGUUAAUUGCGCUGGUCGGUUUGCCGGCGAGAGGCAAGAGUCAUCUUGCCCACCGUCUCUCAAGACAUCUCAACUGGAACGGAGAGAGCACAAAAGUUUUCGACUGCAGCCAGUACCGGCGGCAGCACAUGGCCCUGUACGGCAGCCACGACAUCUUCCGAGCGGACAACCUGCAGGGCUCCGCCAUCCGGCGGCAGAGCGCCCGCGAGGCCGUGCAAGAUGCCGUGCUCUGGCUCAAAGAUGGGAACAGUGUUGCUAUAUUCGAUGGCACGAACAUAACCAAACAACAGCGUCGGGAGUUGUACGAGUAUUGCCUGUCAGACAUGGGUUUCCGUAUAUUGUUCAUUGAAUGCGUAUGCGAGGACAAAGAAUUGCUCGAGAGAAACAUUAUCGAGAUACUUCGUUACUCGGAAGAUUAUAAGAGCAUGAGCGAGGAAGAAGCAGUAGACGACUUGAGGAAGAAAUUGGAGCAUUACUCGAGGCAAUACGAGCCCAUCGACGCUGGAGUGGAGGACAUCAGUUUCGUCAGAGUGGAGAACAUUGGGGAAACUGUGACAGCCCAUAAGGUCGCCGGUCAGAAGGAGUCUGGCAUCCUCGGAUAUUUAUCUGGAAUGAGAGGUCUGCCGCAGACAUUGUAUUUCACUCGACACGGCGAGAGCGAAUACAACGUGAUCGGGCGCAUCGGUGGCGACGCGUCGUUGUCUGCGCGCGGGCAACUGUACGCUGCGGCGUUGGCUGACCAUAUGAAUGUGGUUGGAACUCGCCAGCCGCUUACGGUGUGGACGUCAGAGCUGAGAAGAACUAAGCAGACCGCUGCAGGCAUACACGCCCCCAAGAGAGCAUUGAGGGCGCUCAACGAGCUGGAUGCUGGCAUUUGCGAGGGUCUGACGUAUGAGGAGAUGCAGGAGCGGUUCCCGCAAGAGUUCGCGUGGCGCGACCAGGACAAGCUGCGCUACCGGUACCCGUGGGGCGAGUCGUACAUCGACAUCAUGACGCGGCUGCGGCCCGUCCUGUCUGCGCUGGAGGACGAUCAUAACGUGGUGGUGGUCGGACACCAGGCCGUGCUGCGCUGCAUGCUGGGAUACUUCCUCGACGCUAAACUUGAUGAACUCCCGUACAUGAAUGUGCCCCUUCAUACCAUAGUGAAGCUGACAUCCUACGGAUACAAGUAUAAGAUGGAGAUGAUCAAGAUGCCCGUAGAAUGCGUGGACACGCACCGAAAGCAGCCCAUGGUACGAAACCAAAUAGACAACUGCUCCAUAACGCGGAGCGCGUCCGAUGCUCUGACGACUGUGCCGUCACAUUACGACACGCUCCCCUCCAACUUAUGGCAGAACACCGCAGAGGCACAAGUUUAGGCCUCCUCGAGCCGGCCCUGAGGCCGCGACGAGACAACGAGACCUAACCGCAUCAGCGUUACUGGGGCUAAAAAUACACCCUGCAUGUAAUCCAAGCCUUCGGGGCGCGUCCAUCGCUGUGAAACGCCAUGGAAUGAACGACACUGCGAGUAACGUUACGGCAGAUUGCCGAGUGUCGCUGGAUCCUAAAACGGAAAGAAAGACAGCAGUGUUACAGUUACGAUUACGACACUAGUGCGUGUGUGAAAUUUGCGUCGUUAACACAAUUAAUUAGCUGUUUACUUACGCUUAGAUUUACAUAGAUUAGUUUAUCUUAGAUUUUAAAUGUACAUGGGCGUCGAACGCCUACCAAUUUUUAUUGAUCUGCGAUCAUCCGAUAGCUCAAUUAUUAUUAUGUAAAUCAAAUGCGAAUUUUAGAACACUUGUAGCUUCCAAAUACGUAUUAUAAGACUGAAGUAUGACACUUUAUCCAUGAUCGAAUCGAGUCAAAUUCAAUUUCAGUAAUAGUAAGUCUAGGCUUCUUAGUAGUUUGGUCUUUUUUUAAUUUAAGUAGGUAUGUGAGAUAGCUCCCUUGUUUUUUAUUGUUUUGUCUUUAAUUAUCAUGUAUUUUUUAGGAUAAGCAAUUUCGAAUCUAAACUUGCACGUAAUCAUUCACUUAGUUUUGGGUAUUGUUAAGGUGUUAACAUAAAAUUAUUUUCAUAAUCACUGAAAUAAUUAUAGUACCUAAUUUCUAUAAAUCAAAUACUUAGCUGUUUAGUUUUUACAAUUAUGAAAUCUUAAAUAUAGGUUGGAGAACUUAAUAAGCAUGUUUAUCAUUUUAAUUAUUGUAUGGGUAUGGUUUAACUAUAGUUUAUUUUUAUUGUCAUCCUUAGCUUUUUAACCCUUAAUCAUAAGCCGGGAUAUGUUUCGCAAUUUUGUAACUUACUUACGAAGGGUUUAUGCUAUCAACUUGCUUACUUAUUCUUUUGAAGUUAAAUAUGGUAGUGCCGAGAGAGUGGUCAAUUAAAUUUAAAUCUAAAAUAGGUUUUUGAAAUCUGAUAAACCUAUAUCUUUAAAGGUAUCUUAUUAAACAUCAAACCUUGCUAUUCACUUCUUAUUGUAAUUUUGAUGUAGAGUAUCAUGGAUUACUAAUUAGUAGACGUAUCGUAGCAUUCGAUACAAUGUCGGUAGAUCGUUAAUUGUUAGGCGUUAAAUGACAUUCUCGCAUGUCUUCCUUUGUAUAAAUAAAAGUAACAUAAUUGAAAAGUGAU